CUGUCCCCCCCCGGCCUCCAGCGGCUCCUCCAGGACCCCCCCGGCCCCGACGGCGCCUUCCGGAUCCCCAUGAGCCUGGGGGAGCCCCACGCCGAGCUGGACCGUGGAGGCCGUGGCUGCACCGCCUACGACGUGGUUGUGAACUCGGGGUUCUUCCGGACCCUCCAGACCGACCCCUUGUACCUGGAGUUCUUCCUGACCGUGGCCAUGGAGGGGCUGUCGGAGAAGUACGGGGUGGAACUGGAGCUGACUGGCUGGCGGGUGCUGAAGAACCGCAGGUUCCUGGGCUCCAUCUCGGCCCAGAACAUCCGGGCCCGGCCCCAGCCCCGCAUCCAGGAGCUCCAGGGGUCCCCCCCGGAGCCACUGACACCCCACAG